CAACAAAUGCCAAGAAAAUCGGGAACAGCUGCAAUAAUUUUUGUUGAUAUCCACAAAAUUAUAUUUUUUUGUAAUUAUUUUUACAAAAUAGUAAUUAAAUUUAAUGUAAAAAGUGAAAUGUUUUAGUGGCUAGUGUUAUACAAAACAAAAUGUCUAGUGAUUUAUUGUCCAAAUGUCGCACCUGCCUAAGUGCUGGCCACAACAAUUACCAUCAAUUGUUCGAUUAUGUGGAGGAAAAUUAUAAAAUCCUAGAAAUGUUGGAUGGUAUAGUGCCCCAGAUAGAUAUUAAGACCACUUCGCAAUUUUCCUCAUUGGUGUGCCAGCCGUGUGUGGAUAAAUUGCUGACGGGCUAUAAGUUUCAACAAUUGUGCAUAGAAACCAAUAAUCGGCUGCAUGAUUUGCUGGGCAUUGCUGUCUUCGAGACAGAGCCAAAGUUGGAGAAAAUCUUGGAUCCUUUGACGGGCGAUGGCGAUACGAGUUUUAAGAUGAAACAGGAAAUUGAAGAAGAUGCUUGUUUUGAAUGUGAAAUACAACCGGAUGAGAUGGAGGGCCCCAUAGCGUCGGAUAAUGAUAAUGACUGGGGACCGGGUGGAGGAGGAAGUGAUUCAGAUUCAAGCAAUGAAAAACUAUCAGUUUUAAAACAACGGUCUGCCAAAAAAUCACCUUUAAAAGUUGAACAUUUUGAAAAGCCUAGAAAACUGAAUCGUUUUAAAGGCAGCUUUCCUUGCUCGGAAUGUGGCAAAGAGUUUAGUAGUUUAAAUCGCCUGAAACAACAUACAGCUAUACAUGAGAAAAAGCGGGCUUAUUCAUGUAAAAUUUGUCACACAAGUUUUAUUGGUGAGAAACCGUUUAAAGUUCAUAUGUUAACUCACACAAAUGGUGAGGUGGCUAACAACGAGGAAGGUGCUGGCGAGCAAACUAACAGUAUUGAAAAUAAUGACAGUAAAAAUGAAUUUGAGUCCCAAGAGUUUAUUGAGGAAACUACAGCAACUGAAAAGAAUGUAGCUGAUAAUGAAAAAGAAGAAUGUAUAGAUUCAAAGGAUAUGCUAACAUUUAAAUGUCCCGACUGUCCGAAAUGUUUUGAGAAAAAAGCUUCCCUGUCGGCUCACUAUAAAGUGCACAAGAAAAAGGAUUUUAUUAAAAAUAAUAAAUGCAAAAAGAUUGAGCCAGAAAUGUUAGAAAAAGAAGAUGAAAAUGUCUGCAAUAUUGUGGGGGAGGAUGCAAAUAAUGUUGAUGAUAAAGUAACUAAAGUUAUGGUAAAAGAGGAAAUUGAAAUCACACCACAAAUUUUUGAAGAACCCAUGGAUGGAGAUUUUGAGGCCAGCGCUGAAUGGUUUAAUAAUGAUUAUGAGGAUUCAGAUGACAAUUCGGAUAAGGAUUUGUUUGGCAAGCAUGAAACAAAAGAAACUAAAAAUAUUGAUUUUGUGGACACCGGCAUAGGGGAAAUUGAAAAGCCCAAUAGCAGCAAUAAACGAAGUGGCAGUUUCCCUUGUGAGAUGUGUGGCAAAGUAUUCGAUCGACCUUAUCGCCUGAAACGUCACAGUUCCGUGCAUUCUCUGACAAGACCACACGAAUGUGAAAUCUGUAAAUAUCGUUUUGCCACCGUUAAUAUCCUAAAAGCCCAUUUGUUUCAGCAUGAAAACGAAACAGGUGGCAAUUUUAACUCACAAUCACGUCCAGAAGGCUUCAAAUGUCCCGAUUGCCCACGACGUUUUGAAAAACAAGCCUCACUCUCAGCCCAUCGUCAGAUACACACACGUAAUGCCUCGGAAGCCAACUAUCCCUGUAUGGUAUGCCAGCGCAAUUUUAUGUCCGUACGGUCCUUAACCGAACACAUCACCAACAAACAUCCCGAGGUGGAGAAACACAAAUGUGAUCAGUGUGAUAAAACGUUUGUUUUGCAUGCCCAUCUGGUGGAACAUUUAAACCGGCACAAAGGCAACAAAAAUCUGGUGUGUCUCAUAUGUGAGAAAGAAUUUGGCUAUACGAAUACGUUGAAGGAACACAUGCGCACACACAGUGGCGAAAGUCCUUAUCUAUGUCCUCAGUGUGGCAAAACAUUCCGCAGUGCGAGUAAUUUACGGCAGCAUAUGGAAAGGCAUACGGGUUUGAAAAAAUACCAGUGUCCAGAGUGUCCCAGUCGCUUCAACUGUAGAUCGGAUCUAAUAAAACAUGCAUCAACACAUUCGAACGCUAAGCCUCAUGUCUGUGAUAUUUGUGGUUCUCGUUUUACGAGAGCAUAUUCAUUGCAAAAACAUAAGCUAUUACAUUCGGGAGAGAGACCAUUCAAGUGUGAUCAAUGCAGUAUGACUUUUGCUAUAAUUUAUCACUUACGACGCCACAUGCGCACCCAUACCGGUGAGAAACCCUACAAAUGCAAAUACUGUGAACGAGCUUAUGCCGAAAGUGGAGAUUUAACUAAACACUUGCGAACGCAUGUUGGUGAAAACACCUAUAUGUGCGAUCAAUGUCCAAUGGCCUUUAAAUAUCAAGCUGAAUUGAGGCAACAUCAAUCUCAACAUUAUAAAAUGGCCCAAAAGCUGUUGCAACAAGCCCAAAAAAUGUCCGAAGAAGCACAACAACAUGAAAUAACCGAACAAACACAGCCAGAUCAACAGCAUUUGCAGCAAACGCAACCACAACAACAUGAGCAGCAUCAACCUAUACAAGAACACCAACAUAAUCAACAAUUAUUGAAAACCGAUCAAAUACAACAUUUACCCAUAGGUAUAACGAGUUAUCAGCAAAUACCCUUAAUAGAUCAUAGACAGCAACUAAACACCAUAGUGGAACAACAGCAGCAUCAUGCAAAAAUUGAAGAUGUUGCUGUAGCACGACAACAGCAACAAGACAAUUUAGAUAUAAAUAAUCUCAGUAAUUUGUAUCCACAUAAAACAUGUUUAACAUGCCUUUGUAAAUCAACGGAAGCCCAAACCCUUAAUCAUAUUCUACUGGAUAAUCUUAAAAUAUUGGAGAUACUAUACAAAAUUGUUCCCAUACUUUCGGAAAGUCAAGAAAUCACACUGCCGGAAUGGAUAUGUACACAAUGUUUGGACAAAUUGGUAGUAGCUUAUACAUUUCAAAAACAAUGUUUAGAUUCGGUACAAAGUUUAUAUGAUUUGUGGACGAAAAAUCCUACACAAAAGGAGAGCGAUGAACAUGAUGUAUAUAAACAGGAAGUUGAACUUGAGGAUAAAGAAGAUCUUAGUGAUGAUGAGUAUAAAAUUAAAUCACUGAACGAAAAUAAAGAUUUUGCUGAAAUACAAUUUGAAGAAAUUACAAUGCAAUCUUUACCUGAAACUAAGGAAGAUCUAGAAAUACCAUUUUAUCAAAGUGAUGAUGAAGAAGACAGUUUAAAUGAUGAAUUGGAAAGUAAAGAAAACGGAUCUGAAAGCCCACUAACAUUACAGCAAACCACUCAGUCCGAAAAUAUUGAUGAGCUUAAAAAUGACUUACUGCAAUCAAAUGAAUCAGUUCCAUGUAAAGUAUGUAAAAAAAUAUAUAAAAAUCCUCAAGGAUUAGCUUUACAUGAAACUAAAGCCCAUUAUAAAGAUUGUCCAUACAAAUGUGACAAAUGUGAUAAAGGUUUUGUUACCGAGGAAUUCUACAUAAAACACCGAAAUCGUCACUUAGGCAUAAAAGCUUUUAAAUGUCCCCAUUGCGAUAAAGCUUUUGAUGUGAAUAGUACCUUAAAUCAGCAUUUAAUCUCCCAUUCUAAAGAGACUCCUCAUUUAUGUACAAUUUGUGGCAAACGUUUCAAUCGUUCUGGCAAUUUACAACAGCAUAUGCUGCGCCAUGGAGAUGAAAAACCCUUCCAAUGUUCAGCAUGUCCCAAAAGCUUCAAGUGCUUAACUGAUCAUAUUUCUCACAUGCGGAUACAUGACAAACAUAAGCGUUAUGAAUGUAAUAUUUGUGGUGUACGCUUAGCCUCACAUACAUCUAUGAAGCAUCAUAAACUUGUACACACGGGAGAGAAACCCUUCAAAUGUGAUGAUUGUGAUAAGUGUUUUAACUCCAUAACUAACAUGAGACGCCACCAUAGACUACAUACUGGUGAAAAACCCUAUAAAUGUGAAUAUUGUGAAAAAGAUUUUUGCCAAAGCAAUGAUCUGAAAAAACAUAAAAGACAUAUGCAUAAGAAUGAAAUUGUAAGUGAGAAAAAAGAGGAAAAUAAUGUACAAAAGCAGAACCAGCAAGUUAAUUUAAAACAGGAAUCUAAGGACGUUGAACACAACGAAAAUGAAGAUCAUAGAAAGGAUGAAGAAACAAUCGAAAGUCUAACUAAAAUUAAAGAAACUACUGAAAUACCCUUGUAUCAAAGUGAAGGUGUAAAAGAGAAUUUGGAAAAUAAUAAAAAUGGUAUGGAUAACCAACAACAACUAAUAUUACUUCAAAACACCCAGUCCGAAAAUAUUAAAGAACCUGAAAAUGAGUCCAUGACGACAUCGAUGAAAUCAAAUCAAUGUAAACUAUGUAAAAAAGUAUUCAAAAAUACUCAUGGACUAGCUGUGCAUAAUAAGAAAACACAUUUAAAAAAGCAUUUAUACAAAUGUGAUAAAUGUGAUAAAGGUUUUGAUUCAGAGGAAUUCUACAUAAAACACUAUAAUCUUCAUUUAGGUAUUAAACCUUUUCAAUGUAACCAAUGCGAAAAAGCUUUUGAAUCUAGGUAUUGCUUAAAGCAACAUUUAAUCAGUCAUUCUAAAGAGUCUCCAUAUUCAUGUACAAUUUGUGGCAACAAUUUCCGUCGUAAAAGUAUUUUAAAACAGCACCACCAAAGAAUACAUAUGGGUGAAAAACCGCAUAAAUGUCGCCAUUGUAUUCGAGCUUUUAGUCUAGAAAGUGAUCUGAAAAAGCAUACGAAACGUGUACAUAAAAAUGAAAAGGGUGAAGAAUCGAGUGAUGAUAAUGAAGAACAGUAUGCUCAGCAUGUUGAACUUGCUGGAAAUAAACAAUAUAGUGAAGAAGAAGAUACUAGGGAAUCUCUAGCUGAAAAUAAGGAAGAUGUUAAGAAAGAAAUUGAAAAAACUGAAGCUAGUGAAGAUACAUUAAAUGAUGUAUUGGAUGAUAAUGAAAAUGAAUCUGACAACCAACUUCUUAUAGAGCUAAAAACGGUCCCAAAAACCGCCAAAGAAUCACAUCAAUGUAAACUAUGUAAACAAAUAUUUAAAAAUCCCCAAGGAUUAGCGGCGCAUAAAACUAAAGCACAUUUAAAAAAAUAUUUAUACAAUUGUGAUAAAUGUGAGAGAGGUUUUGAUUCGGAGGAAUUCUAUAUAAAACACAAAAAUCGCCAUUUGGGCAUAAAAACUUUUAAGUGUCCCCAAUGCGGUAAAGCUUUUGAUGCGAAUAGUACCUUAAAUCAGCAUUUAAUUUCCCAUUCCAAAGAGACGCCUCAUCUCUGUACAAUUUGUGGCAAAAGUUUUAAUCGUUCUGGUACCUUAAGACAGCAUAUACUACGCCAUGGCGAUGAUAAACCAUUUCAGUGCUCAUUUUGUCCUAAACGUUUCAAGUGUCUCUCCGAUCAAAUUAUACAUUUGUCGAUACAUAAAAAGGAAAAGCGUUAUGUGUGCAAAAUUUGUGGUGUACGCUUGGCUACCUCUACAUCCAUGUCCCAUCAUAAACUUGUUCACUCGGGCGAGAAACCCUUUGAAUGUGAUCAUUGUGGUAAAUGUUUCAAUUCCCUGUCUAAUAUGAGAAGCCACAGGAGAAUACAUACGGGUGAAAAACCUUAUAGUUGUCAAUACUGUGAGAAAACGUUUCGCCAAAGCAAUGAUCGCAAUAAACAUGCCAGACGUAUGCAUAAGAAGGAAAUGGGCCUUACGAAAUCUGAGUUCAGUGAAGAGAACGAAGAGCAGAAAGCAUAAGACA